AUGGCUGUAAAUACAUUAAAAUCAUUUUCAAAUAAUGUAGGAUCUCAUAUAAAGGGAGUAGGAGAUCAUAUUUAUACAGAAGCAAGUCAUUUAGGUCAUAAUAUAAAAGAUACUGUAACUUUUUAUCAUAGAGAUUUUGAUCAAGAUGAUGAAUUAAUUAAAAAUUAUGAACAUGAUAUUAAACAAGCAAAUCUGGGAUUGAAAUAUUUAAUAACUCAAAAUAAUCAAUUAUUUAAAAAAAUUAUACCUCAUGUUAUGUCAAUAAAUAUGAAAGUAAUUUAUGAAUUUCAAAAUUUAAUUGGUCACAAUUCAUUACAAUUUAAAAAUAUUGAGAAAUAUUAUCAUGAAUAUGAUGUUUAUGAAGCAGAAUCUGAAAUUCCGCAUAUUCAUCCAAAAGAACGACAAUUUUUAGUGGAUUGUGUAAAUGAUGAACUAUUUCAAUAUAUGCAAUCAAUUGGAGCUUUAAAAUUUCAUUUAGAUAAUGAAUGUGCAGAUUACAUCGAUACUGUUAUACCUAAAAUUAAAACCAUGAGAAAAAGAUUAAAUGAAACUUUGAAACUUAUCAAAAAAAGAGAUAGAAAAAGAGAAGAUCAAGAUAGAUUAGAUCGUAAAAUUGCAAAAUUAAAUCAAAAACAAAUACCAUUAAGUGAAAAAGAUCAAAAGGAAUUAGAUAAAUUACAACAUCAAUUUAAUGACGUAGAUAAAGCGUUUCAUUAUUUGAAUGACAAAACUAUAACUAUUUUACCACACAUCAUGUCAUUUUUGGAUGAAUUUGUUGAAACAAUCACCAAAUUACUCAUAUGUAAACAAACAUCAAUAUAUAAAAAUAUAAUGGAAACUCUAAGAUAUUUCGCAGUGUUUUAUGGUUUAGUAACCGAUAAAAUUCCAGAUUAUGAAUCAAUAACAAAUCAAUGGGAACAAGACGUUACCAAAACAAGGUUACAAAUUGAAUCAUUUUUAACAGUAAUUCAAAAUAAAAAUCCAGAAUUAAUUAACGAAGAAAUAGAUGAUAAAGACAAAUCACUGAAUACUCAUAAAUUUUUAUUGAGUAUAACUAAUAAAGUAAAUGAAAGAAAACAUGUAGUCAAACCAAAUAAUCCAUCACAAGGAAUGUUUAAUGACACAAUAGAAUCAGAUACCCUCGAAUCAUUCAAGAAAUAUAAUAAUCCAAAUUCAAAUCAAUCAGAAACUUAUCAUCCAAGAAAAUUAAUUGAUCCACCAGAAGUAAUUUCAGAACAAUCAAAACCUCAACCACCAACAUUACCACCAAGAAUGAAAACAAUAUCAUUUUACGCAUCACAACCACAAUCAAAACCACAACCCAUUCCAAUCUAUUCACAAAGUUCUUCAAAUUCAAUGGAGUCAUUAACUUUAAGUGACGAUGACGUUUCAGAAAUUUCAGAUUCAGAUGUAAGUUCAUUAUCAACUCAUUCAAUGGCUCAUUACGGUAAUGAACAAGGUAAUACAGCGGAUAGACAUCUUAAAAAAAUAUACAACUCCGCAAAAAAUGAAAUCAAAUUAGCUCCACAACCAACACAACAUUUCUCCGACUAUCCAAUUUUCGAAUCAACCAAAACACAUCAAAUUAUUACAGACUCAUAUAAGAUCAAUUUACUAGAGUAUUUGUUUAGUAAAUUAGAUAAAUUAAAUAAAACCACUCAAAUUGCUCAAUACGAUUUCCAAGGUUCGGAAAUUGGUGAUUUGACUUUUAAUCAAGGUGACAUUAUUGAAGUGUUGUAUGAUUUACAACAAAUUGAUUAUGUUUAUCAACAAAAUAAUUUGAAUUGGGUUGUUGGGUUGAAAAGAGAUGCUAAUGGUGAAUAUAGAAUUGGAUUUGUACCUAGUAAUUAUAUAGCUUAA